AGCUGUUGGUACCCUGUGAAGCUUCCCCUGAUGGAGCCCUCCCUUCGCUCACUCAAAGGAGCCCAGGCCUCUGGCUGGGAUGCUGCUGCUCCUGCUCUGGGUGUGUGGGUGGGCAUGGGGAAACUACUUCCUUCUCCCCGCAGAGUCCACGCUUACAAAUGAGAUGGCCAAGGUGGAAUUGCAGUCCGCCCUUGUGACGGUGCAGGAGGGUCUGUGUGUCUUCGUGCCCUGCUCAUUCUUUCAUCCCUCGUGGAACCCAAGUUUUAACUCCACCGUCUUCGGCUACUGGUUCCACGCAGGGGCGAACACAGACCUUGCUUUUCCAGUGGCUACAAACAACCCAGAUAAAACAGUGCAGGAGACUCCCAGCCGAUUCCAUCUCCUUGGGGACCCAAGGAUCAACGACUGCUCGCUGGACGUCAGAGACGCUCAGAGGGGCGACAGUGGUUAUUACUUCUUCAGGAUGGAAAGCGAUGCCUUUAAGUGGAAUUUCUACACGGAUCAGCUCAUUCUGCGUGUGACAGCCCUCAAUCACACCCCCAACAUCGACAUCCCACAGAUUCUGGAGCUUGGCCAUCCUAGCAACGUGACGUGCUCUGUGCCCUGGGCCUGUGAGAAGGGGACACCUCCCAUCUUCACCUGGAUGUCAGUUGCCCCCACAUCUCUGGGCCCUAGGACCACUCUGUCUUCAGGGAUGACCCUCACACCCAGGCUCCAGGACCACGGCACCAACCUCAUCUGUCAAGUGACCUUCCCAGGAGCUGGCGUGACUGUCCAAAAGACUGUCCAGAUCAAUGUCACCGAUACAGCACGGAACGCCACAAGCCUUGCCUCUAAUGGAGCUGGCCCAGGGAAAUCAGGGCCCCUGGCAGAGGUGGUGCUCGUGGCAAUGGGAGAGGCGGCUAUCAAAUUCCUGCUUCUUGGGAUCUGUUUCCUCUUCCUCAGCAAGAAAUCCCAAAGGAGGAGAGUGGAGAGGCCAGCAGCACAGGUGGAUUAUGCAGACACUGUCGUGGAUUAGUCUCUCAGGUAGCCAAAGGAGCCCUGGAACCAACUUGGAAAUGACCCUCCAAGGUGAUUCUCUCCAUUCCUGUGCUGUGAAGGUAGCCGGCAUCACACAACGGAUCCACCACACCCGGAUCAAGAAAGUGGGAGCCGUGGAUGAUGAUGCCGAAUGAACUGUCUCUUAGACUAUGGACCCGUUAAAAUUAAGGUUUCAUUGAGCCCCAGGUUCUCCCACUCUCCGCCCCUCUGCCUGCUCCUGAGUCUUUUGCUUUGUUCUAUGGGAAUGAGCAUGGGGUUACAGUCUGACCCACACAGCCCCUAGGAACUGAGAAAGACAGGUACAGACAGCAUAGCUGUUAGCUAGAUGACCAUACACCAGCAUCCCGUAUUCAUCUUGACCUUUGCUCACCAAUAACCAUUUUAAGUGCUUGGCUAUAUUGAAAAUAAGCAAAAAAAUUGGGGGUUUAUGUCUUGAGAUAGCAAUACAGAGUUCAUAAGUCUAUGCAUACCCUGAGGCUGGGUCCCUUAAUUGCCAGAAACUGAGAAGUUUCUAAUUCAAAAAUCCCAGUUGUAAGAUCGAGGCUUCCUGAAAAACCCUUUAGAAAGAUUUUGACCUUUGAAAACCUGGAGAACCACUCUAUACCAUAGGAAGGGACCCUGGGGAUAGAGUUAAUCAUUCCCAGCCAGAAAUCAGCCAGGAUUGUUGGUUAUGUUUGGAUACCCAGCUCCCACACUACGCAGGAUAGGAACUAAUCAGAUUGUUAGCCUAUUGACUGACAAAACUCACUGUGCCUGGGGUCAACCCAAAUUAACAUCAGAGGAUUUACAAGAGACUAAAACUUGUCUAAUCCUAAAUAUUUAACCUAGGCACUGCUAUUCGGCUUUUUUGGGUUAACUCAUAUGGACUACAACAAUAUUACCGUGCUCCUGAGACUACUUGGUAGGUGUGUACCAACAGUUUGACAAAUAUGCCUCUUCUGAUACUUUCCAAAAUAAGUAGACAGGUUGAGCAGGACCUAGAGGUAUUAAAAGUUUCUGUUUCUGGGUUAAAACAACAGUUAGAUCCCUUGCAGAAAUGGUCCCACAAAACUGGACAGACUUAGACUUACUGCUCAUGAGAAAAGGGGAACUAUAAAUAGUUUUGAAGAAACCUGUUUUUUCUACGAUAAUUAAUCAGCAGUAAUUUAAAAAGUAAUCUUGUCAUUGCUCAAAAAACCUCAAAAAAAAAAAAACGAGAAGAGACGAAUACAAAAAACAAAAAACCAAUGCCAAUCUCUGUUCUCUUGGUACCCCUACUUACUCUGUCAUCAGCUCUGACUGGGUCUUUAAUUCUCUGAUUGGGUCAAUGGCCAUGGGGGGCAGGGAUCCUGCAUCUUAAACUAAAACACAAGUCCACAUUUUUCUCAUUCACUGAGUGUAGCUUUAAUUCUCAUUCUGAUUGGGUCAAUGGCCGUGGGGUGCAGGGAUCCUGCAUCUUACACUAAAACACAAGUCCACAUUUUUUCUCAUUCAUUCCCUAAGUGUAACGAGCAUUCUCCCUGCCAGCCUGGUCCCAGAGCCUCAUCAAUGCCAAAUAACACAGAGAGACUAUUAGUUACCAUGCUGUCGGCCAAUGCCCAGGGUUUCAUGAGAGCCCUGGCUAGUUCUGUUUUAGGCAUUAAGCCAUAACUAUCUAUAUCUAUCUAUAUAUAUUUUUUUUUUCUAUAAGGUCUUAUCUAACCGAGGACGCCAGCCUCAUGUGUCCUCUCUUCCCCGGAUCACAGGAAGACUCUCUCUCCUCUUGACUCCAUUUCCCAGACUCCUCCUCGACUCCUAGUCCCGCCUAUCUUGCUUUCCUAUUGGCCUAUUCCAUUGCGUUAUUUAUCAACCAGUAAGACAAACAUAUACACAGAAGGACUUCCCCCAUCAGUUAAGACCACUGGGGAAUGUAACAGGGCCCCAGACCAUAGCACAAUGGACUCCAUAAUGGGAGUACCAUUCAGGUGAUAAAACUCACCACAUGGUCAGUACCACCUACCAAAAUGAAAACAAAGACCUAAUCCAUCAAAGUCCGUAGUCAUGGGAAAGUCUCCAAAGGUAUCAACCUUGCCUUUUGGCUUCUCUUAAUUCUGCUUCUGACUAACCGUUCUUAUUAAAUGAACCAUGUCAGCACAGAAAAGUGUCUUUGUGCUUACAAGCUCACCCUGAGAAAGGCUCAGUGCCACAAUGGGGUUGCAAAUGCCCAGUGUACUUGCUAGCCGGCUAAUAAAGACUUUCUGUCGUCUUAAA